CACACAGGUGAAUAUUCACACCAAGCCUGCCUCUGAGCCCAAUAGAGGCUCUGCUAGAGUGACAUUUUUUCUUUACUACAGACAGCAACUCUGGCAGUGAUGCUGAGAAGCAGGAAACAGGUGAAGGAGAUUUUCACUGUGGUGGUGAUAAUGAAUUGAAGAAUCUGGAGUCUACCUUAUGACAAUGAACUUCCCAGACCAAGAACCUGCCUUUAAUGUUUGCUGUCAUCACACAAAUGCAGUAAACUUGUAAACCACCAGCUUUUGUCAAGAAUAUCUUGCCUUAUUGCAACAAUUUCACUGUACCAGCAAGUCUUCAAACAUUUGCCUUUCCCCAGGUGCUUUGUCUAGCUACGAAAAGCAUCUAUUUCAGAUUGUCCACAGUUUCUCUCUUAGCCAGAGAACCUCCAAAUUUUCCAAUGAUGCGGACAGAGAGCAAAGGCCGAAGUGCCUCCCCUCACAGGAUAACUUACAAAUCUGAUUUCCAUGCUAUCAAAUGCUCAUUCGACACUGGGACCAGUUUACAGCCAGGGACCAAAUCUGCUGCUGCUGCUCAGCGCUCUGCUGUGCACCCUAACAAGCUGGAGUCCAGCCUGUCAGAGCCCCUAAUGUCCUGCACCAGCACCAGUGGUAGCACAGGUUGCAGAGGUAGAAUCCACAGCACCAGGGGGACCAAAAUCAGAGAUAACAUCUUUCUUCAAAUGGACAGCCAGCAGUUGAAACAAGAUAGCGGCCCAGUGCCAAGUUCUGGCUCCACAGUGCUUAUUUCUCCCCCAAAUCCUAGCAUACAGCUCCAGACUUCACCUUUUCCUGGAUCCAGGUGUUCAGUCAUCAAUUCCUCAUCUGCUCUGAGCACUGUAACAACAAAUAUUUCUAUCCCAGAAUCCUCCCUGAAAGAUAAACCAUCCAGAGCGGAGGAAAUUACAGAUAUUGACCGAGCUGCUCUGGCACAGAAGUUCUCUGUAACUCGAAGAUUGUUUGAGAGCAAGAUGAUGGAAGAUGGAGGUGGUGGAGGCCAGGUUUCAAAACCCCUGAUUGCCAGGGGAAGCAAGGGGAUGGAAGAUGGGAAAAUAGAAGUCAACAAUGUAGAAAAGGUGGAAGAGGGAAAUGGGAAAAGGAGGAACACAGAAGAGGAUGGCUUAGACAAAGACAAAUCCAUGAACCAUAUCAUAAAUGUUUCCUUGCUGAAGCCUUCUACACCAUCUUCACUGACAAGGUGCCCUAAAUCCCCCGUCUCAGAUAUACCUGGCGAUGCAUCCAACAAGUACAACUAUUUUGACAAAGACGAUCAAAUCAAAGUAUCACAAACAGAGGGAGAAGCAUCCUGUCUUAACCCCUGCUUGACCCCUGAGGAGACGCUUCGGGCAGAGUUGGUCAGCAUAAAAAAUGAGUCAUCAGAAAGUGAUGAGAAUGAAGAAGGGAAGGAGUGGAAAGAGAAUAAAUGCUGGAUUAAGGAUCAAGUGACAUAUAUUAGUAUAGCUCCAGGUGAAGAGUCCUCAGUGGAUGAUGUGUUUGAGGAGCCUAGUGUGGAAACACAGGGACCUUACAAAUUGGAAAACAGGGUGGUAUUACAAGUACGAAAUGUUGGACCAAACAUUUCAUCAGGAGACCACCAGAAGGAGCUGUCAGGGAGCAUGACAGAGAAAGGAGGAACGGAGGAUGGCAGGGAAGUUGGAAGAGACAAGUAUCUGCAGGUGAGUGAACAAUGGGAGGGUGGAAGGGAGGAGCAGAACAGAGAGUUCGUAGCACGGGCUGAGGAGAAGUCGACAGAAGAAGGAGGCAACAGGGAAAAAAUGACUGAUGCAGUGGUAGAAGAAAGUGCUGGUGGGAAGGAAAGGGUCAUCGUGCAAGAGAAGGAAGUUUACAACAAGGCUGUGGGAAAGGGCAAAGGUGGAGUGGAGGAAUGUAGACAAAGUCAAGAAAAGGAAAAUGGGAAAGAAGAGAAAAGUAGGAAGAAAGAAGGCAGAACACCUGAGCUGCAAGCAGAGUUUGCAACUGAGGAGGUCAAGCAUGUAGCAUUAAGAGGAGGUAGUGAUGGAAACACUGAAGCAGGAGGCAGCAAGGAGGCCCAAAAAGAAGAGACAUUAAUCAGUGGCAUUGAGAACAAGGCUUUUGCAUAUGAUCAGGAAUCCCAGUCCCAUCCAGAGCUUUCCACUCCGCCAAGACAAGAGUUGGAAAACCAGCUUUUGUUGGAGUAUGAGGAAAUUCCCGGUGUGCCUGAACUUUCCGACAAGGAGAAUGAGGAUGGAUCUGCCGAGAGGAAGGUCAAGUUCUGCUCGGCACCAAUCAAGGUGUACAACACCUAUUCUAAUGCAGAGUAUGACAGACGCAAUGAAGAUAUUGACCCAGUGUCUGCUUCGGCUGAGUUUGAGCUAGAGAAGAGAGUGGAAAGGAUGGAUGUUUUUCCAGUGGAGAUAAAAAAGGGUGAAGAUGGACUCGGCAUCAGCAUCAUUGGGAUGGGUGUAGGUGCUGACCAGGGACUGGAAAAACUCGGCAUCUUUGUCAAGACAAUCACUGAAGGAGGAGCAACCCAGAAGGAUGGAAGGAUUCGGGUGAAUGACCAGAUAGUGGAGGUGGAUGCAGUGAGUUUAGUUGGAGUCUCCCAGCUGUUUGCAGCCACAGUCCUUAAGAACACAUCGGGUCUCGUCAAGUUUUUGAUUGGCCGAGAGAAGGAGGGGGUGGAGAGCGAGGUGGCGCGACUGAUAAAUGAAAGCCUGGAAAUGGAUAAGAGCAGAAAGAGAGAAAGAGAUGGCAGAAGAGUGGAGGACAAUGACUGCAGCAUAUCAGAGAAGGGCUUGGUGUUUGAUGAAGAGGAGGCGGAGGAUGACGGCUGCGAAGAGGAGGAUGUGUCCGCUCUUUCGGGUCUAGACAACUACCAGCUCUGCCUCAAAUACCAGCAGCUUCAGUCCAAACUAAGAAGCAAAGCAACCCGACUUGAGCACACUAAAGAACAGUUAAAGGCUUGGGAGGAGCAGCAGGCCUGUUGGGAGAGCCAGAAGGCUGACUUGGAGCAAAAAGUGGAGGAUGGAGAGGACAAAGCAGACAAACUAGAGAAGUAUUGGCAAGAGGCCCAGACCCUGUGCAGAGUUGUAAGCCAGCGACUGGCUGAUGCCCAGAGCCAAUCAGAAAGCCUGGAGAUCAAAUACAAUAAGGCCAAGAGACUGGUCAGAGAAUACCAGAGCAGAGAGGAAGAGGGGGAGAAAAGGGAGGCAGAUUUGAGGAGAGAAAUGGAGAAGAAGGAGAGGCAGCACAGAGAGAUGAUUGAAAAGCUUCAAAUCCAGAUUGCACAGCUAGAGGGAAAAGAGCCAGUAUCUGAGGGAAAGAGCCACUCAACUGACACUUCAAACACCGGCACAGACUGGUCGAUUCCAGUUCCUAAUACCAGCCGUUUAGACUCCAGCGCUCACAAAGCCAGGGCUCAGCUAGCCCAGAAAUCCAAGCGCCAACCACCUUCACGAGACAAACUCAGAGAGAGCUUCAGAAAAGAGGAAGAAGGGGCCCUGAAAACACAAGAGGGACGGUCACUGUCCGCACCCACAGCGAUCCGAACCAGUAGAAGCGACAUGUCCAGCACCUCAUCAUUCCCAGCCUUCAGUCCUCAAGCUGCAAACAACUCCGUCUUCACCCCUCCAAUCUACAUCACGGAUACCACCCCGUCCUCACCGAGCAAAUCCUCCACCUCUAGAAAAUCGAAAAGGAAAUUUCCCGACUUCAGUGGCCUUCGCAAGUCUCUCAGCAAAAGAAGAAGCAAAAAACGCAGCAGGACGUCUGUGAGCAACAGGGCAUCCAGUGUUGACCUGUUGGAUGAGCCUGCUGAAGUCUCUCCAUCAGGCUCUGUCACCUCCAUGCCCUCUUGCCUGCCAUUUCCUUGGUUCGGCGAGAGAGGAAGAGAAAAGGAAGAGGAAGGGGAGAGUAGGCGGGAGAGACUUCGGUCUGUAUCCAGCAGCAGUUUGCCGUACCUGACCACCUCAGGGAGAAGACAGCAGAGUAUUGGCUCUCCAGUGGGCUGUUCCAGUAUGGUGGGUCAUGUGUCUGAUCACUCCCUCUCUGGACACUCUCACACUUUCACCUUUUCUUCCACUGAGACUUUGGACGAUGACCCAGUUCCCACGAACAACAACAAUCAGUGGCAAAGUCGACCCGUCUUGGAGUGGAACAACCAGCAGGUGUGUCUGUGGUUAAUCGCUAUGAACAUGGAUAAAUACACAUCAGAGUUUGCCGCCAGGGGUGUGGAUGGGACACAGCUUCUCAACAUGGACAGUGAGAAACUCAAGGCUUUGGGCGUGUGCAGUCAAAGCGACCGUUCUGCCCUGAAGAAAAAGCUCAAGGAAAUGAGGAAGAGAGAGGAGAAGGACCAGAGGAGAGGAGCGAAGAGGCUGAAGGAGGAAAAGGAUAAAGAAAACGUGGACAGCGACGGCAAAGAGAAGUCAAGGAUGAUGAGCGAGGGGAAGCCCCUGAAAGACGAAAGACGCAGUGGAAAAACUGUAAGAACAGAGUCGCUCCUGUGAAGGAAAGACGGAGAUGAAAUGAGAUGUACACCACCAGCAUGAGUGUGUGUGUGUGUUUGUGGUCUCUCACAAUCAGAACUGCACUUACUUCUACUGAACUAAUAGAAACGUCUAGAUCAACUGAACACAUCCGUAGACUUUAAGAAUGAGACCAUUAGUCUUCAAAUCAGCACUAAGGUUCAAAGCCACAGCAUUUGUCUGCUACGUAUUCCUUUAAGUGUGAAUUAACUGUAUUACAGUAUGCUUAUUUUAUUUUAAACUUGAGUCAUAAUUUAUCCUUUAAUAUUUAAUGAAGUGCUGAUUUCAGCACUCAAGUAUUUGCUGUACAUGUUGUUGGUUUUUUUUGGGGGUUUUUUAUGUCUUAAUAAAUAAUGCUUUCAGAA